AUGUCAUCACACUGGCAACCUCCGCGAAAUUACCGCAGCCGCCCUGUUGCCAUUCUUGGCGCAGGUGUACUCGGCCGCCGAGUAGGAUGUAUCUGGGCUUCAGCCGGCUUCGACGUCAAGAUUCGAGACCCGAACGCGCAACAGCGAGCAGACGGUGUGGCAUAUAUUGAGAAAAAUGUUCAAUCAUACUCCGCCAAGACCAACCAAGUCCCCGGAUCAUUCGAAGCCGUCGCGGGUAUGGAACAAGCUGUUCGAAAUGCCUGGCUUGUCAUUGAAGCUGUCCCCGAGAAGCUCGAGCUCAAGAUCGCCACUUUCGCUGAAUUGGAGGCCCUCACUCCCAAUGACUGCAUCUUGGCUUCCAAUUCAUCCUCAUACAAGACUUCGGAGAUGAUCAGUCAGAUCUCGGAUUCCACAAAGACGCGCGUCCUGAACAUGCAUUAUUAUAUGCCACCGGCGUGUAUGAUUGUGGAACUUAUGACAGAUGGAUACACUUCCCCAGAGAUAUUCCCUUUCAUGGUUGAGCGCUGCAAGGAAGCUGCCACAAGUCCAUAUGUCGCAAGAAAGGAGUCCACUGGAUUCAUCUUCAAUCGGCUGUGGGCUGCUGUAAAGCGGGAGGUCUUGACUAUCUUAGCUGAAGGUGUUUCGGUUCCCGAGGAAAUUGAUUCGAUGUGGACUGAACUGUUUCUCAAAGGAAAGAGUCUUCCCUGCCGGACAAUGGACGAUGUUGGCCUAGACACCGUUGCCUUCAUUGAGGGUCAUUACGUGGAUGAACGUGGACUCUCCCCGGAGAAGACGGUCGACUUUUUGAAGAGCAACUACCUGGACCAUGGAAAGCUGGGAACAAAGUGUUCAAAGGGUGGCCUCUAUGCAACUAGCGACUCGACUCCUAUCAAGGCAGACUCAAAGAAGCCCGACAUUUUGGUGUUGGACGUGGGACUCUCAGCCAACACACCCACUAUGACAGCAGGAGAGAUCCUCCGGGUUUCCGCAGACGGCAAGCUACAGAAAUCGAUUCUUAAAGGCCAACCAUUGCCUGAUGGACUCGCUGUAGACCCAACCUCUGGCCGCAUAUUCUGGACUUGCAUGGGCGUUCCCGGAAAGACCGACGGGGCCGUCUUCUCCGCCAACGUGGAUGGGACGGAUAUCAAAACUCUUGUUGCCCCAGGAACUGUGAAUACACCAAAACAGCUAGCCCUUGAUUCCAUGGCGCAAACCGUCUACUUCAGUGACCGUGAAGGAUGCCGAGUCUAUCGCUGUGCCUUCGACGGCUCCAACCUGGAGGUUUUGAUUGAUAACACUGGCCGUGAUUUUGCCCCUGCGAAGCGUGUCUCCGAAUGGUGCGUGGGAGUCGCUGUGAGCCCAAGUCAAGGUAAAUUCUACUGGACCCAGAAAGGACCCUCCAAGGGUGGUGAAGGCCGGAUCCUCUGCGCGGAUAUCAUAACUCCUAAGAGUCAGUCAGCUGCUGCUCGAGGUGAUAUCCAGUGCAUUCUGUCUGAUCUUCCCGAACCCAUUGAUCUUGAGGUAGAAGAAACCUCUCGCGUACUUUACUGGACCGAUCGUGGCGAAAUCCCAUGGGGCAACUCACUAAACAGAGUCAGGUUGGGGGAGGAUGGUCUCCCUCUAUCAACCAGUUCCCCGAGAGGAUAUGAGAUUCUUACCAGGGGUCUGAACGAGGCAAUCGGUCUGAAGUUGGAUUCCAUCAAUUCUUAUGUCUAUCUCACUGAUCUAGGUGGAUCUAUCUACCGAUGCGACCUGGAUGGCAACCACAAGGAGAAGGUUUACUCCGAGGAGCACCGGGCUUUUACUGGGAUUACUCUCCUAUAG